CAUUUUAAUAUUUACAUAUCAUUUAUAAAAAAAAAAUUUAGCUUAAUUAAUUUAAAUUACUAUUUAAUAAAAACGAGCUUGUGAAAAUAGUCAUGAAUCAUAUGUUGCUCCUAUUUAGUCUAACUAUAGGCGUAGGCUUAUGGGAAAGGGUGUCGGGAACGUGUGGCUAUGAUGCCUGUCCACAGACUGACCCCAAUAAGCUAAACAUCCAUCUCAUCGCCCACUCCCACGACGACGUGGGUUGGAUGCAAACGGUUGACGGAUAUUACGAUAGCUCUGUCAACCAGAUCAUCACGAAUGUGGUGAAGGAACUGGAGAGAAAUGUUGAGCGUAGGUUCACCCAGGUGGAAAUUUAUUAUUUCCAACGGUGGUGGAGUGGGCAGACAGAUGAGCGCCGGGAUGUAGUUAGAAAACUUGUCGCUGAGGGCAGGUUGGUGUUUACGAAUGGUGGUUGGACAGUAAAUGAUGAGGGUGCCGCGCAUUAUAAUAAUAUUAUUGAUCAAUUGACUCUGGGGUUAAAAUUUCUAAACCAAACGUUCGGUCAGUGCGCUCACCCAAAAGUAUCCUGGCAAAUUGACCCCUUUGGCGCCUCCCUGGAAAUGCCCUCAUUAUACGCCCAAAUGGGGUUCGACGCCCACGUUGUCAACCGGGGACCCAACGUGAACAAGGGUGAGUACAUAUGGGACGCCUCCCGGGACCUGAACACCAGGAUCUUCUCAACCGUACUGCACGACCACUACAACGCUCCCAAUGGGUAUGACUUUGAAAACGGCAAUAACGCCGUCACCGAUGCUAACGCUGAGCAAAAGGUCCGGGAUUUCAUAAAUAACGCCAUCAACUGGAAUAAGGCCUACGGAAACACAAACCACGUGUUGGUGACUAUGGGUAUGGACUUCGAGUAUAAGACGGCGAACACGUGGUUUGAAAGCAUGGAUCGCAUGGUUAAGAAGGCGAAGGUCCGGCACCCGGAAGUGAACCUCAUGUACUCAACGCCUAAUUGUUAUGUGAAAGCCAUUAAUGGAUUGAACAUAACGUUUGAGGAAAGGGCGGUAGACUACCUGUCCUAUUGGGUGGGGUAUUAUUCUAACAGACCGGCGCUGAAGUACCAGGAUAGGAUUACAAAUAAUAUACUCCAGGCGAGCAAACAGUUGUCAGUAUUGGCCCGAUUAGACCCCCUGACCACCAGGGCCUACAUGGAUGAGGCGAGUAAUGAGGUGGCAGUGAUGACACAUCACGACGCCAUCACCGGUACGUCACCGCAGGCUACGGCCAACGACUACACGAGUCGACUGCAGUCGGGAUACGCCGCCAGUAAACGAGUCAUUCAAAAGGCUUUCGAGUAUUUGAAGUCAAAGGACGAGAAAAAAGCGGUUUUAAGCGAAGUUUUCUGCGAUUCACUGAAUAUAACGGAUUGCAGUCUAACGGAGACUAACGACAGGAUUGCCGUCACUGUCUAUAACCCGAUCGCCCGACCUAUGAGUCAGUAUAUUAGGGUACCGGUGGUCGACGGGAAGUACACUGUAGUCGAUGCCAACGGUACUGAUGUUAAGGUUAAGGCUUUGCUUCCGGUGUCGGAUGCCGUGAGACAACUGCCCGAAAGGAAUGGCAGUCCCGGAACUCAUGAACUUAUUUUCAACGGACAGUUACCUGCGCUCGGAUUCACGACAUUUUUCAUUGAGAAACAGAAAAGCGAUAAAAACCUACUAAUGGCAGCCCUAACCCGUCAACGUCGGGCACCCAUUGAAAUGAAAGGCAAAUCAUUUACACUGCAAGUGGACGAGACUACCGGUGCCAUACAAUCCAUAACCCUAAACGGCACGACACAUACCCUGAAACAGUCUUUCAAAUGGUACAAAUCAUGGGAUAAGGGUCCCGAAGACUCCGGUAGUUACCACUUCUGUCCCGAUGGUGACGCCCGGGACUACGGCCAACAAAAGCUGGUCUCCCGGCAUACGGACGGUGGGGUACAUGAGCUGGACCAAGUGUUUGCAGACUAUAUCCACCAAACCAUACGUACGUAUGAGGACCAGGACUACAUUGAGUUUGAUUGGACGGCAGGGGGUAUUCCUAUCGAUGAUAGGAUCGGUAAAGAGAUUAUAACCCGAUUUGAGUCCGAUUUGAAAACCGGCGGACAGUUUGUGACGGACUCUAAUGGGCGACAGUCUAUACACCGGAAGUUUGACCCGAAAAGGGAGUCGUGUUUUGGGAAAGUCGUAUCCGGCAAUUGGUUCCCUAUAUAUAAACAGAUAUCAGUCCAGGAUGUUAACCAGGGCUUACAGAUGACUGUCCUAAACGACCGGACACAGGGAGGCUCAUCGCUAACAGAGGGCGCCGUUGAACUCAUGGUUCACCGACGACUGGAUCGCAAAGGUUCCGGCGGUGACUUUAUGAUCGAUGAGCCGGGUGUCGAUGGUAAGGGACUGGAGGUGAGGGGCAAACACUACCUGCUCUUCCAACCCAUUACCCAAAGCCCACAACUGGUGCGACCCCUGUCUGAGCAGCUCUUUAUGGGUGCGAUCGAGACGUUCGAUAAAUACACGACUCGUGAGGAAUAUUCCGGGAAAUUCGUGACCCAUUUGUCGGCAAUCGGCGAUUCCCUCCCAGAAUCGGUCCAUUUGUUAACAUUAGAGCAGUGGUCGGACAGGGAGGUGUUGGUGAGGUUUGAGCACAUGUACGAAAAGUCGGAUAACAGCCCCCAGCCUAAGGACGUGUCCUUUGAUAUGCAAAAAGUGUUGAAAACUCUGAAAAUUGUGAAUUCAGUCGAAAUGAAUUUAGCGGCCAAUGAGUUGUUGUCUGAGACUAAACGCAUGGAUUGGAUAUCAAAACAGAGUUCUGCCGCGAGUUUCGACAUCAGAGGUAACGGUGCUGUUGAGGGUGACCUUAUCGUCAAGUUAUCCCCACAACAGAUCCGGACGUAUAUUCUCACCAUUAAUGGCGACUAUCAUAAAGAAGCUAAAUGUACCAAUAGUUGGGUAAAUGCCACUCAGAGUACGAUACCUACCAGUGCUUAUGUGGCC